AUGUCUACAGCAUCUAAGGUUACUUUAGGUACUUCAAUAGCUUUUGCUAUUGGAUCUUUUGUAUUCAUAAAUUACUCCCAACAAACUGAAAGACAGAGUUUAAGAGAGGGUCCUAUCAAAGACGCCAUCAGAAUCGAGGAAAAACGGAAAAAGUUGAUGAGAAACAGUUUGGAACAUCAGGAACAGAAACAAUUGAAGGAACAAAUGGAAAAAGUUCAACCUUUGACGGGGGAGAUUAUUACUGGUCCAUUAGAGAAGUAA